CUGAGUUGAACGAUCAAAUAAAAACAGAAAAUACUGGCAACAUAAGCUCGAACCUGGGUUUCCCAAGGAGUGUCGGCGGGCGAUUGAAGUCCGUAUAUAACAAGGUCGCAACGAGGAGGGAGCCGCAGUCCACGGUACGCAGUUGAAUUCCAUGAUGGCUCGUAACGUGGCAGCGGUCUCUCUCUUCGUGGCUAUGUGCCUCGUAGCUGCAGAUGCUGGAAGCAGCAAGUACGGACAGAGACCUGUUGGGAUCCAAAAACCUGUCGGUGUCCACGGUAGUGUCCACGGCGGUGGAGGCCUCGGUGGUGUCCACGGCGGUGGAGGCCUCGGUGGUGUCCACGGCGGUGGAGGCCUCGGUGGUGUCCACGGUGUUGGAGGAGUCGGUGGAGGCCUCGGUGGUCUCCAAGGCGGUGGAGGCCUCGGUGUGCCCACGUGUUGGAGGAGUCGGUGUGUCCAUGGUGUUGGGGACUCGGUGGUGCCCACGGUGUUGGAGGACUCGGUGGUGCCCACGGUGUUGGAGGAGUCGGUGGUGUCCAUGGUGUUGGAGGACUCGGUGGUGCCCACGGUGUUGGAGGAGUUGGUGGUGUCCACGGCGUUGGAGGAGCCGGUGGUGUCCACGGUGUUGGAGGAGUCGGUGGUGUCCAUGGUGUUGGAGGACUCGGUGGUCUCCAAAGCGGUGGAGGGCUCGGUGGUGUCCACGGCGUUGGAGGAGUCGGUGGUGUCCACGGUGUUGGAGGAGUCGGUGGUGUCCAUGGUGUUGGAGGACUCGGUGGAGGACUCGGUGGUGUCCACGGCGUUGGAGGAGUCGGUGGUGUCCAAGGCGUUGGAGGACUCGGUGGUGUCCACGGCGCUGGAUCCUUCAACACCGCUCAUUACCCUGGCCUUGUGCCUGGUUACAGCUUCCACGACCAGAGACCAGCGCUCGGCUCUAACAAGUGCAAGUACUGGUGCAAAAGUGAUAUUACUAACAAGUACUACUGCUGCCAACGACCUUACCAGGGAUAGAUUCUCAGUUCCUCAUUGGAUUACAUUCGUUUUUUGUUAUUCAACUCUUAUGUAGAGAAUAUGUUACUUCUGAAAUAAAGCACAAUCUUUUA